GUGGAAAUACAGCACACUGCCUCAUAGUCUCCAAAUCAAAUCAAUUUUAAAAUAUCCACUUAAUAUAGUUUCUAAUUGAGCAAUAGUGAAUGGACACUAGUACAAUGUAAGGAUAGUUAUUCAAGUCCAGAUAGCUUAGGUGCAAGUUGGUCAAAUACCAAGAUUGAAAUUUCCUAAUUACAUGCACCACACUAUUCAAUUUACUGUUGCAGAAAACUUGCUCCUUUUAAACAGAGUAACACUGUCAUAUUUCUCAACAAACGUUCACAUUCUGUCAGGUUUGCAGUUUCUCUUCAUAGCCAGUUGACCUGAUGGUGUUGGCCUGAUGCCUUGUGUUGUCUGCAAACCUGACCUUGACCAUUACAUUUGGAAGAUUUUGACUCUGGGACGAAUGCUGAACACAUGACUCAUUAUGACUUAGGCUGAACAUUUCAUUCACAUAUGGAGUCAAAGGCAGUGUAGGUGUAAUUGUUUAGAUUUAAAUAUUAUUCUAUAAUUUGGGAAUUUUAUGGUUUCUACAAGAGAUUUUAUUUAGUUAAAAUCCAAAUAGAUAAUGCUGGAAUAUAAAUCUGCCAAAGUCUGAAAGAGCAAAGAUGUUUUGGAUGCAGACCCUUAAUCAGGAAUCAGAUAUUUCCAGGUACAUGAUUGCUAUUUGUAGCAUUAAUUUGUCUUUUUCCUUUUCAAAUGCUGACAGAUUUGUUGUGGAUACCCAACGUUUUCUGUAUCCAGUUCAAAUUUACUUCAUCUGGUACUUUCUUUUACUUUUACUCAUCUGACUUUGGCAGCAGAACAGAAUGACAGCACAAUAAAGAGGGAAAAAAAUCUGUUUCACUUGCAACAUUUUCUAACCUUGGGGCAAAUCCAACUGGCCCAGCCCUCUUUUCUAUGCUUAUUAUGUAAGCUUAUCUCUAUCCAUAGCAAGUCACAAGUGGAAGGAUUCAUGCUCAGUCAAGUACAGAAGCUGCAACCUCUCCAAUACGUAUCAGUAUGAUGAUGUCUUGUGGUGUUUUCAAGCUGCAGUCCCUGCCUGCUGUGCUUUGUGGGAAAUUAUGGUUUGUCGGAGCUUCGACAGUUAAAAGCGUUGCAGUUUGUCGGGCUGCUGUGAACCAACAGAAAAGAUACUUCAGCUUGUCAACUGCAUCUGGGGGUAACAGGCCAGAUGAAAAACUGAUGGUGCACUUCAUCAAUCGAGAUAAUGAAAAAUUAACCGUUCCAGCAAAAGAGGGUGAAAGUCUGCUUGAUGUGGUGAUCAAGAAUAAUUUAGAUCUUGAUGGAUUUGGUGCUUGUGAAGGAACCCUGGCUUGUUCAACAUGCCACAUAAUCUUUGACAAGGAGGUUUUUGAGAAUUUGGAUGAGAUCACAGAUGAAGAAAUGGAUAUGUUGGACUUAGCUUUUGGACUCACUUCCACGUCACGAUUGGGUUGCCAGAUUUGUCUAAAGAAGUCUUUGGAUGGAAUAACUGUGAAAAUACCAAAGGAAGUGUCCGACGUCAGAGAAUCAAAGGGGCAGUGACAUGACACAUUUUACAAUGUCAACACAACUUGGAAACAACUCCCUCAUAGAAGAGACAAAAUUAUGUCACAACAUAUUAAGUUUUUAUUUUAACUAGAUCUUGUGAAGUCCAACAUGGUAUUGCCAGUGAAGCUGUUUCUGAUGGGUGAGACUUGUAAUGGAUAAACAUUAAACUGAUUUGAUAAUAGCAUUAUAACAAAGCAGAG